AUUAGUUUUAUAACUCAACCUGUUGUUAUAGAUCUAUAUCUAUUUUCUAUAUCUAGAUUUAGAGUGUUGAACAAAGUUAGAAUUUAACAUGCCAACAGAUACACGUCGCAUAACUGGUCCUGAGACUUCGCGCAGCCCCUACGAUUACUGUCAGAUUGAAAUUUCCAAAGAAGAGAAUCAGAAUGAAUUGAUCAAAAGUGAUAAGAAACGCAAGGAUGGAAGAUUAGCAGCACAGCUAAGACCAAUAUUUCUGAAAGCCAAUGUUAUAAGUCAAGCAAGAGGUUCUAGUUACAUUGAAAUGGGUCAAACAAAAGUCAUAUGUGCAGUCUAUGGUCCUAGAGAAGUGAUGCGGAGGGAAGACUUCAGUUUAAAGGGUCAGCUGACAUGUGAUUUCAAAUUCACCACAUUUUCCUGUCGUCAAAGGCGGCAGCACCAGCAGGACAACCAAGAAAAAGACUUGUCAGUACAGAUGCUAGAGGCGUUGGAGCCGGCAGUCUGUUUGCACAAAUACCCAAAGUCACAGAUCAAUAUUUAUGCCACAGUUUUACAAAAUGACGGUUCAGCUCUCUCUGCAGCAAUCAUGUGUGCUUCUGUGGCUUUAGCGACAGCUGGAAUUGAAAUGUAUGAUCUAGUACUCGCAUCUUCUUUGGGAGUGUUGAACACGGUCCUACUUGUUGAUCCAACCCUACAGGAGGAAGAAAACAUAGCCAAUGAAACAGGCAAGUCACCACAGAAUGCAGGGACCAUGACAUUAGCAUUUCUUCCAUCCCUGAAUCAGGUCUCCGCCAUGACCUCAGAUGGGCAAUUUUUAUUUGACAUGAUCAACAAGAGUAUGCAACAGUGUAUAGAGAACUGCCAGAAACUCUAUCCAGUGUUACAACAGUGCUUAGUAGAAGAUGUCAAAGAAAAAGCCAAUCUCACUCAUGCAUAAAAAAAUAUAUUGAAUUCAUUAUCAUGACCAAUUGAAUAAAAUGUUUUGUUGUAGACAUUGCUCAAAUCAA